GCAAUUUGAACUGACUCUAAUCUAAAUCAUACAAGGCCGCCUAAUAAUUAUCGUGGCACUUAAUUUGUGUUUAAUGUAACAACAUCAUCGUUUAAAGACAGUUCUCGUUGAAUAUUGAAGGUCCGUGAAUAGCGUUAGGCCAUACCGCUAAAGAGUAUGGCUAUGUAUAAUAAUUCAACAAAUUUUAAUGUAUCCAGUGGAAAUAUAACAGGAAUGGGUGUGAAUAAUGUUGCCUUCUAUCGCAUGAUCUCUAAAGUAUCAAUAACAUUCAAUGUAUUAUUAGCUAUAGGCAUCAUUGUCUCCAAUAUACUCAUCUUAGGUACUGUCUUCACAACCCCAACUUUAAGAAGAGAAUUACGCUAUUUAAUGGUAUCAAGUCUAGCAUUCGGUGACCUGUUGUUAGGGCUGGCAGGUGUACCGCUGUAUAUUGAUUUUACAAUCCAGGAGAAGAUAACUGUGGCUUGUGAAGUUCAUGUCGUAUUGCAAGUGUUGGUAAUUCAUGGUCACGUUAUGAUUACGAAUUUAGGACUACUAAUUAUAAACAUAGAUUACGUCAUCAAACAAUACGACUACACAAUGCCACAUUUUAACCCAGCUAUCAAACUUCCGGUUUAUAUCGCAUUGUCUUUGGUGCCAUGGAUAGUCAUGUUUGUUGUUAUACCACCAUUAAUUACAACUGGCUUACAUGAAAAUGUUGUUUACAUAUGGUCGGAUACCAUGUGUCCCGUGCUGCUUUAUACAUGGGCGAGAUUGACGUUGAAUAUCCUGUGUUUUUUCGCCCCUUUGCUUGGCAUGAUCAUUACCACGUGUAUAAUUAUCUAUGGCUUUGUGGCUCAAAGUAGAGGAAACAUUGCGUUUCGUCCGACACUGUUGAACGACGAAAAGCCGAUGUUUCACCCCAAGUUUAUUAUUGCUGUUAACGUUCUUUGUUUGUUGCUACUGUUACCAGAACAUAUCGUACACAGUAAUAUUGGGUUUGCAGACUUCAAAACGUUCAUCGUAGCGUAUAUGGUUUCUUUCUUAUUUGCCAUGAGUAAAGGUCUUGCCUUACCUAUAGUAUGGCUUCUUGUACCGGAAGUGAAUGAAGCAUUCCGAGACAGAUGUAGCCUUUCUUAUUGGAGAACAUCAUCGGAUGCCCCACAGCAUGUCGUAAACAAAACGUACAAAGAAUUCGUUAGAGAAGCAGAAACCACAGAUUAAUCCUUACAAGAAGAACAUUGUUUACCGGAAAUUGACUGGGUCCCUGUGGUUGUCAGAAAGACAGAAGAAUGACGUUGUCGAUUUUAAAAUGGGUCUAGACUGCUCUUGAUAUUCAUUAUUAAAUAUGUUCCAUUA